GAUGCAAGUGUACCUCCAGUCAUUCCGUAAACACCUCUCCUCAGUGCAAGAACACCUUGAUGGCCAUGUAGCACUUGACUUAUCUGACGAUGUCGAGUUAGCUUCAGAGGGACAAGGCGGAACCUGGAGUGGCGACGAGCGAGACCGUUUCUUUCAUGCCCUCACCAUUUACUCGCGGUGGCGUCCAGACUUGAUUGCUGCAGCUGUGAAAACAAAAAACGUUGCAGAGGUAUGUCAUUACUUGUUCAUAUUGGAAGAAACGGCUCUUGGUGAGGAAAUGGAGGGUAGAGGGGACGGUGUUGGGAGGGCACAAAGGGAUGUGGCGAUGCAGGUGUCGGAGGAAUGGGUUGCGAAAGAGGAAGGGCUGGCAGCUGAGGUUCUUAGGAGAGAGGGAGAAAUGGCAGGACAGUGGAAAGAACACGAGCGGAAGAUAGAAACAAAGCAAAAAAAGCAAGAAAUUUACUCGAAAUGCCAACGGGGAGCGCAAGAAAAUAAAAGCAGGAAGAGACGGAGGACGAAUAGAGAAGACGAAUCUACAAACGAGGAAAAUGGAGCAGAGGAUGGAAUGGGAGGUGAUGCGGAUACUCAGAGAGCUAAAGCCAGGGCAUGGACUGCCGAAAAAACAUUACUUUGGAGUAAGGAUGACUUGCUCGAGCGCCUGGAUAUUGACCACUUGAAAGCUAUCGAUGCUCUCCUGCGGGAAGAUGUGGAAGGUGUAGAAUUUCCAUCCCAGGAGGGAAUCGAGGAGGAGAGGGACACGCCCAUUACGAAUCAUACCACAGCGGUAGACGAUGAAAUGAUCGACCCCGCUCUUCUUGCCAUCUCUAGAGAAGCUUCCGCUUUUGCGCCUGAUCCAUCGAAUACCCCACCUUUUCCGGUCCCUCCUGAAACGAACAAUACGAAUCCCGAACUUGUUAAUCUCUCCCCUAAAUCUCGUCGACGCUACCAGAAACGUCUUUACAUGCGGCGCAAGCGUGCGCAAUCCACAGGAGGCGAAGUCGUGACAGAAGUCAGUCGACUAAAGCCAGGAAGGAAGACCCAAUCACGGAAAAAGUCACGACAGUCAUCAGAAGCUAGCGAUGAUCACGAGAACAAAGAAAUACAGGAGGCGGAAAUCCAGGACCAAGACGAUAUUCGACAUCCAAAUAUAGGUGGUACGACGCGACCAUACAGAAUCAGGGCUCGGUUAGAUAAGAUGGGUGUCGAUGCCCAAUGGCUUCGUGAUAACAAUAUGGGCCUCUUUCACUUGAGUUCCCUUGGGAAGUUGAUGAGCUUGUAUAGUUCUCUUGAGGGCGAAUCUGAACCCGUUGGUUCCAUCUCUGCUCAAUUUAUACAGUCACUCUAUGCUCUUGUGAAGACAUUCGUCACAAUCGUUGUGUACAAAGCUAUUGUGUCUAGAGAGCAAGAAGGCAAGCUCAAAGCGCGCACGAAGGCAUGGCGAGUGGCUCCUGAUCAGAUUCCUGCGGCCAGCGUCAAACAUGCACUUGAAAUAGUUGGAGCGAAGAAGAGAGACAAGAAGACAUAUAUUUCAGAACUACAGCGUUAUGCUUGCCAUUUAAGCACGGAGGAAGUGAACGAUGAGACUGAGGAUAUCGAAAAGUCAGACGAUGAGGAUGCGAACGCUAGUGACGGUGAAAGGCCUACAAAGCCGGCUCUCUCGACGUACCGCGAGAUUUAUGGACCGCUAGUUCGACCCCCAUCAUCGCUCUCUCUUGGCCUAGAUUCAGUAGCGUGCCUGUCGUCGUCGUCGUCUUACGUAGACGAUAUCUCUGGUGGUCGGACUCGAGGGACUACGUCAUUGUCCCCAUCCACUGAGCCAGAGGAAGUGUUACUGCAAGAAGUGGAUGAAGACGUACUGCUUGCGGUGCUUAAGGAGGAAGAGGAAUGGGACAAGAAAGAUCAGGCGGAGGAGAGAGAGUACGAGGAACUGCUGUGGGCAGGUAUGAUAACGGGACGUGAUCUGUAAUCUAAUAUACGUAUAUGUAAAGAUUAGCGUAGCUAUUGUUAGUUAGGUACUUGUACAGCCUUAUUCUUGAUCACGGUUGGGAUCGUUGA